CGUCUCCGUAGCCAUUUUGGCUCAAGGGCUCGGCGCCCGGGCGUCAGUUCGCCUGCCGCGGCCCCUCCCCCCGUGUGGCCGCCGCAUGGGGCCGCCCAGCGAGCUGCCCGAGACGGGGGUGGAACUCCAGGAGCGAGACGUCCGCAUCGAGCAGCUAGAGCUGCUGGUCGCGCAGCAGCGCGCGCGGAUAGAAGAGCUAGAGGCCGGGGCCUCCGAGCGGGAGGUCCAGGAGUUGCACGAGAUCGUGGCGGCCCAGGAGGCCGCCCUCUCCGACCAGCGCCAGAUCAUCGAAAGCCAGAGCAGCCUCCUGCAGGAGCUCAACGCGCACCUGUCCUCCAGCCGGCCCGCCGGCAGGCGCCAGUCUACGGCCAGCCCGAACGACAGCAUCCCCGAGGAGCCCGAAGUGGACCGGCGUGCCCCCGCUCCGCGAGGCGCUGGGGACGGCGCCAGGUCUGGGCGCGUGGGCCCGGGCUGCCAGCCCAACGCCACCGGAGGCACCGCGGCAGGCGCGCAGCCUGCACGCGGGGCCCCACCGCGGAGGCCCGUCGCGGGGCGGGAGGCGCCCUGCGCGGACGGCGCCAAGGCGCCCGCGGAGCGGGCCCGCCGCGGCGAGCCGCACCGCGGCGAGCCGCACCGCGGCGAGCCGCAGCGGCCCCACCGGCCGGACUCGGCCCCCCGCGGCGGCCGGCCCAGCGCCGUCACGCCGAGGGCCCGCAGCCACGGCACCGAUCGCGGCGGCUGCGGCGGCGCCGGGGGCCCCUCGCCCCGCCUCGCCGCCGGCGCCCUGGCGGCUCAAGGCGGUGCGUCCCGGCGGCACGGUGGCGUGCUGCCCCCCGCGGUGCCCUCGUACGGCAUGGCCUGAGCGGCGGCGGCCGGCCGCGCCUCCGUGGGGGGCGCGGCCGGAACGGCGGCCGCACCCCCCGCGCUGCCUCUUCCACUGGGCGAGGCCCGGGUGGCAGUCCCGGAGGAAGAGGAGGAGCUGAAUCGUCUGCCUGGUCGGGGAGCUUUUCGCCGCCACACUGAUGAAUUGCCCACGCCGCCGCUCCAUAGCCAGAGCGGUUGCCAUAGGACUGGCCUGUCUGCCGCGUGGACUUGUGAGGGACUGCCGAACCGCUGGCCAUCUGAGCCGUCUUGGAGGCCAUGUUGGCCGUCUUGGAGGCGUCUUGGAGGCUAUCUUGGGCCAUCUUGGAGCCGUCCGGAGCAGGAAAAAUCCUUG